AUGGAAGCGACGCGAUGCAGCGACGGUCGAAGACGAGUAGACGCGGUGGUGGUCAGAGGCGAGACGACGCUGCGGCGGUGGACGAAGGCAAGGCGAUGCUGCGGCGGUGAACAAAGGCAAGGCGCCGCGACGAUCAGAGACGAGUCGACACAGUGGUGGUCGGAGGCGAGGCGACUCGGGGGCGCGGCGGUGGUCGAAUGGCAGAACGGGGCAGUGACAGCGGCGGCGGACGAAUGUCGCGAACGAGACGACAAAGAUAGUUGGACGUCUCGACCUCUCAAGGCGGACGAACGAGAUGGCAGACGUCUUGCAGCCGGCAAAGAGGCAGAAAGCCGUCGAUUGCAGCUGCCGAGACCCAGAAGUCGUGGCUCGCGCACCUGCUUGCAGUGUUCGAUGGUGAUGUUGUACCUCCAAAGCACGCCGUCGUAG